CAAGUUUUGGAGCAAACCUUCUAGUUUCCUGCCUCCCUCUCAUCAGCCAUGGCUCGCUCCUUGAUGCUGACCGGUGCUGUGCUGCUGUGCUCCGGCGCGCUCUUCAGCGCCUUUGUGCCAGUGGCUCGCUCUCCCGUGUCUGCCCCGGCAACCAGCACCGGCACGGCAGCAGCCCUGAGCGCAGCGGUCUUGGCGACACCUCAGGCGGCAUUCGCAGAUGAGGGCUCCGUCUGGAUCCCUGCGCUGUCCGCCAUUGGCGCCGGCUUCGCCAUCGGUUUGGCCGCGAUUGGUUCGGGUGUUGGGCAGGGCAUCGCGUCGGGCAGGUGCAUUGAUGGCAUCUCCCGGCAGCCCGAGGUCGCGGAUGACCUGCGAGGAGUGCUGUUGCUGUCCCUGGCAUUCAUGGAAUCCCUGACCAUCUAUGGUCUUGUGAUCGCCCUGGUGCUCCUGUUCGCCAACCCUCUGAUCAAGUAGGCUCUAGAAGUUGCAACGACUUUUUCCACGCAGAUUGGACCUCGAGGUCAGAGAAAAGAGCAGAGAAAAAAA